CGGGAGGAGAGGACGCGACACACCUCGGAUUCACAAUUAACUCUUAUAACAAUACGAAUUUAUAUUUAAAAGAUAUUGCUGCGCAUUAAUCCGCUGUUUCUUUAAUGGAGCAUACCGAGCCUCUGAAAUUCGGGCAUGACCCAGAUGGAUUGUCUAAAAGGAGAAUUUCAUCGAUUCUGAAAGCUCCCCGGACAUGUAUGAAAACUAUUGGAGGUGAUCAGGAUGAACAUCAGGAGGAAUCAAGACCUACUGAAAAGAGGAGGAAUUCAAGAAGAGUCAGUUUUGCCACAACAAAUGAUGUUCACGUCUUUUCGAAAGACAUCAAGACUGAGUCUCCAGUACUGGCUCCCAUUCAGACCUUGACUGCUGUCGGGGUCAGUGAUGUACAGGAUAAAAAAAUGCUGUUACAUUUUGAUAGCAGUGAAAAUCAGCCUAUCGCAGGCAUGGACACCAUGUUAAGCAAGCCCUUCCAUAUCUCACAGCUAAAUAAGGAGAAUUUCUUCCCAAAUCCUGUUUUGCCAGAUGAAUGUGAAGACAAAACUAUGUUACUUGGAGAAGACACUGGGUACAUGGAUAUGACACACAGUCACACAAUCACAAUCGACAAGGAGGUUGGCAUUGAUACAGAAUUUAGCUUCAACAAGUUGGAAAAUGUCACUGGACUUCAAAACUUGAAGAAUCCGAAUGGUAUGCCUUCUAAAUCCACUGGCCAUGUGAUAAAAUAUGCUGUGCAUUCAGAAUUCAGCGAUUUUCUCGCUAGUAUAUCUAAGCCAGGAGGACAAAAUACUGCGACUUCAUCUCUCAAAAAAAAUCUGGAUCUGUUUGGUUUGGAAGAUACAACCAGAGCAGAAAUGGACAAGGAGAAUGUCCUACCAAUCUGUUUUACCAAGCAGGCAGCACAUUGCCCAGACAGUCCAGAACCAGCACAUUGCCCAGUCAAUCCUGAACCAAAGGGGCUUAGAAGUUCAACAUCUUCAUUUCUUGAACAGGACCAUAUGGAUAUGACAAAGUGUCAUACUGUCAUAAUUGAUAGGAGAGAACUUGCUCAGCAUGAUCUACAUUCAGUUCAUGGAAAUCCUAGAAGCACAAGCUUGAUAACACAGUCUUUUUCAAACGAUUUAGAUGACAUGGAGAUUACUCGGAGCCAAACUGCUACAAUCAACCUCAAAACCAUGGAAAACGUAAAUUACAGCAUACCACUGAAUGUAGAUCAUAGGUCUAAUUUUGUCUCUGAUGAUAUCAGUGAAAUGGUUAUGACUCAAGUUUUUGAUGGCUUUCUUCAAGAACCAGAGCAAGAAGUCAAAGGCAAAGCACUGGCAGCUUUUCCCAAAGCACUAAAAGUUUCAUCUAUUAAUCCAUCUGAAAAUAGACAUGUUUCUGAUCAUAGCACAGUUCACAGCUUUCAGAAUAAUCUUUCAUUUGCCACUAUGGCUGGUUCUGAUGACAUGGAAAUAACACAAUCUCAAACUGUUGUCCUUGAGACCAAGUGCACUGGAGAACCUUUUGAUGAAUCAAGGAAAGUUCCAUCUUUAGCUGCAGCUGAAGACAGUCACAGAGUGGAGAUGGCUUCAAAACCCAGAGGACAUACAACACUAGGGGGUCUUGUACCCACUAAAAGGAGAGAGAGCAGGAGAAAAGUGGCAUCUGCAGAAGACACUAUAUUUCCCAAUGAACAGAGUGCCUUUAUGGAAUUGACAUGUAAAACCAAUACUUCAGCUAUGGUUAUGUCCCCAAGUCCUGAUGACAUGGAAUUGACAGGAUGCAAUUAUGUUGCUAUAGACUCUGAAAAUAUUUUAGCUGCAAGUGAGGUUAUGUCAAGAAAAGCAUCUUUCAUGCUUCCACAUUCAGUCUCUGCCAAAAACAUAAACAUUGAUUGUGUUCCAAAUUACCUUUCAGUUCCUCACAUGGCAGAUGAUAUGGAAAUGACACAAUGUCAGACUGUUGUCCUUGAAUCCAAAUGCGUGGCACAUAAACCAUUUGGCAAAUCAAGAAAAAGGUUAUCCCUUAUGCCAACAUCUUGUGACAUCAGCAGUAAUAUCAGCAGCAAGAAAGAUAUGAAGAUGGCUCAUGAACUCAGUGGACAUACAGCACUGAAUAAGUACUCAUCUCCUGAGCUGGACAUGGAAAUACAUGAGGCUAGUGCAUGUGGCAUACCUGCUAUUCAGGAUGAUAUGGAACUGACAGGAUGCAGGACAAUUACCUUUGACACAGAAGACACCCCCUUGGCUGGUGCUUCAAAUAUCAUGGCACAAUACGCACCUUGCAUGUUAUCUCCCAGGUUGCCUGUAUUGGACGAAGUUCAAAUGGAGAUGACCGAAAUAGUCAGUGAGAAGCCCGAAAACCUGUCCUCAAGUACAAACUGUAAGUCUCCAGUUGCAGCAAUGGAUGUGGAUGCUGAAAAUCUUGCAGACAGUCACCAAAAUCCUUGCUUGGCUGACAUGGACUUGGUCAAAGCAGGUCUGAUAUAUGGCAACAGCUGUGAAGUCAUUUGUCUUAGCAAUGGAAAGGAAAGCUCAUCACUUCCUUUGAUUGUUGGAAAUAUAGAGUCUUCUGAAAAAGACGGUGAGAUGAAAAUUACUGAAGCCUUUAUAAAGCCAUUUGAACAGCAGUGCAAUGUUGACUUUAAACAGGGAAACGUUACAAAAGGAAAUGCAGAGAAAGUGUCUGGCACCACCGAUCAAACAACAAUUAAAGGACAUCAUGCUUUGCCAGUAAACAAAAAAACUAUGCAAUCUGUAAUAAGUGAAGGUUUUGCAACUGAGUCUGAGCUUGUCAAAAAAGACAAAUCAAACCCAGCCAAGUCUAGACGCAAGAGCCUUGCUGAUCUACAAGAGAAACUUCAGAAUAUUGCUCAAUCUAUCAAUGAACCAAAUGGAUUUCCAAUAGGAAGCUAUACAGCACCUAUAACCAAUUUCUCUGAGAUAUUCACAGUUGAUGAACAUUCUGAGAGACCCAGUUCUUCAGAGCCUUUGAAUGAAACACCUACCUUGAAAAAUAACAUCAUCUCAGUUAAUACUGAGAGCACAGCACCUUUUAACCUCAAGAGCUUUCUUACAGCAAGACUCUCACUUGGUGGUGUCACGCCAAAACUUCCUUUGCGAACCAAAUCUGCAAGCCCAAACCAAACAGAACCAAUAAGCACUAAUAGUUUUCAAAGUCUACACCUGGAGAUACAACAGGAUGACAACAUGCAGAAUAGCAACGAUGUGGUCAGCAUGAUUAAUAAUGAGGUGCUUCCUGAAGAUUUGUCAGAUACGUUGGUCAGCUAUCUCAGCAAUAAGAGGAAUGAGCAAGACUCCAUUGCAAUGGCACCUGUGACUGAGGUUGUUACAGAGGAUGAUUUGAAUAUAAGCCAGUUUGAAAAAAUGCCAUGUGUCAUAGCAGAUGUAAGCGAUGGGAAAAAAGAAGCCAGUGAAAAGUUGGGAGGCAAUAGUUCUGCAGCUCCUGGGCUACAGAAUGCUUCAAGCCUCUUGACAAAAAUUAUAGAUGAUGCCUGCUCUACCAGUUGUUCCACCAAUAUAAAAUGUGAAGGAAUGUCUGAAUCAACUCUGAGAAACUCUCAGUUUGAUUCACAAAUUGAUGGGACAAUGGAUAAUGAGUUUGAUUUCAACAAGACACUUGAAGAUGGAAGCAUUACAGUGAACGAGUUCUUAAGUCACUUUGCUGCAAACACAGUCAUUCACAGAUCAAGACCCAGUGCUCUCCCUGACAAUUUUAGAAUUACCCAAACCCAUUCUGUGGAGGACCUGCUCAGGGAAAAAUACAUAUACCGUCCUAAGCAGAAAGUCUAUGAGACAGAUUGCCAAAAACUUUCAGAGAUGGCAGAGGGAUUUAAAAACCAAAUGGCAGAGCAACAUAAACCACUGAGAGAUAUCAAUGGAACACUUCUGCAAGAUAUAUGUGCUUUCUCAGAUGUGCAGCUACAAAGAUUUGGAAGCAAGUUGAAAGAACGAAGGGUAUAUUUCCGAAAGAAAAGCAAGGAGCUUUUGCAUGAAAUGAAGAAAGUCCUCUACUUUGAGCUCUUUAAAACAACACAGGACUCAAAACAAAGCUUGGUAACUAAAAUUACUGAGACAGAAGAGAUGUUGAAAGAUCUAGACGGAUGUGUAAAUGACUUGGAGUCUGAAUUGGCAGCAGUGAAUAGUGUACUCAUAGGAGAUCAACAAAACCUCAUCAGAGCUGAGCCUGCUUUGAAAGCAAAGCAACAAGAUCUUGAGGCCCUUAAUGCAGAAGUCACUGAGGCAGAAAAACAAAUUUGUAACCAAAUACAUCAGAGAGUGGCUUUGGUGGACACAUGGAAGAAACUGCAAGAUGAAGCCAGAGAGCUUGAAAGUCGUAUCACAACUCUUUACAGUUUGAAUGAGUGGCGAUUCCAUGAUCGAGAUGAAAACAGAGUGGUUUUUACCUUUCUUCAUAACACUGUCUACCUUGAAGUUAAACUGAAAAAGGCCACUGAAAAGGAAUGGAUGCAUGACUGUGCAGAACAGGUUGUGGAUAUAUCCUUCAAGUUUCUUCUGAAUGGUGAAAGCUCAGAACCCCAUGCAGGCAUGAUUCAUAAGUUACUUGCAGAGUAUGUCCAAGCCCAGAGUAAAUGGAUGCAGAAGUACCCAACGUCUCUGCAUAUACCAGCGUUGCUCCACAAUGUCAGCAUGGUGGUGAGCCGACUUCGACUCUUAGGUGAAGAGAUUCAUCAGUUGAAGAAGUGGGGAGGCUUGAGACUUGGUGUCUUACAUAUUACCUGUGUAGACACACUAGUUGAAAUCUUGUUUUCCAGUGUUAAGGCUUUUGCCAAGUUUGAGCUAAGCCUGGCUGUCUCACCAGACUAUCCUUUCAGUCCUCUUCAAAUACAGAAAUUUCAAAACCACAUUGGCCAUACAAGGGAUGACCAGAUCAAAGUCAUCUUAUCCUCUGUUACACCAGCCAAGAACUAUCUGACAAAAGUCAUCAAGAGGAUUCAUGCUCAUCUUAUGGGAUAGAACCUCCAUCUAGGAUCCAUCUACAUAAUGCCUGCAACAAUUUACCCUCAUGGCUCAAUACAGUAAUUUCUCACUGAUAUGAUGGCUGAUGUAACUAUGUAACUUAAUUUAAAAAGUCAUUGUUUCUUGAAAAUGGCUCUAACAGUUUAGAGGGAAUUAAAGUUGUAAUUGAUAUUUUGAUUUGUAUCUUCUAAGUAAGUCCUGUGUCAAAUAAAUGUUUCAUAUAUUUGCA